AUGGUAGACAGUUUAAUAGUUUCAUUGAGACUUCUCAGUUCCCUAGCAGUGCUGGGAUUUCAGCUUGUCAUCCCACAGCCUUCAAUUGAACACAGAAAGGUGCCGCAGAGGAUAGAGGAGCACGGCGAUGGCCCCGAGGACAGCGGCGGAGUGCCGGGCCUGUGGGGCAGCUGGGGGCCCUGGUCCGCCUGCUCGCGGAGCUGCAGCGGCGGCGUCAUGGAGCAGACGCGGCCCUGCCUGCCCGCCUAUUACCGGGAGCGCGGCUACCGCCGCCCGGGCCGCCACUUCCCGGCCCCCGAGCGCGGCGCCCACCGCGAGGACUCGCUGUCCGCCUACCCCGGGCACGUCAUCUCUGCCAUCCGCACCUCCGUGCCGCUGCACCGCAGCGAGGAGCAGCCGUGGGCACCGCCGCGGAACAGCAGCAGCGGCCAGGGCGGGCGGGCGGCGCUGAGGGGCAGCCGGCACUCGCAGGGCCCGCGGCACAGCGCCAGGCCCGACAGCAGAAGCAGAAACAGAAAUCCCAUUGGUCCAGGGAAGUAUGGCUAUGGGAAGGUGCCAUACAUUUUACCUUUACAAACUGACACUGGCCAGCAGCCCCAGAAGCUGCGGCGGCAGCGCCAAUCGUCCAGGAGCCACCUGUUCCAGCAGAGCCCGAGCCUCCUGAGCCCCUACAGCCAGGCUGCUGCUCCCUCCCUGCAGCAUGGCAGCCUCUACCAGGAGCCAGGGGGGCCUCAGGCAGGGCACCAAGUCCUGGGGCCCUCGGUGUAUCAGUCCCCUUCGUUCCCCGUGUCUCAGAGCCUGUUCCACGGCGGUGACUCCAGCCCUCAGGCCCUGCAGGGCCAGCCCCAGCCCCAGAGGGCUGCGGCCAUCGUCUGCAUUGGUGCCUACAAGCAAUACAAACUCUGCAACACAAAUAUGUGUCCUGAAAGCAGCAGGAAUAUUAGAGAGGUACAGUGUGCAUCAUACAAUAACAAGCCAUUUAUGGGUCGAUUUUAUGAAUGGGAACCUUUUGCAGAAGUGAAGGGCAGUCAGAAGUGUGAGCUGAACUGCCGCGCCAUCGGCUACCGCUUCUACGUGCGCCAGGCGGAGACCGUGAUCGACGGCACCCCCUGCGAGCCCAACGGGACGGCCAUCUGCGUGGCAGGGCAGUGCAAGAGCAUUGGCUGUGACGACUAUCUGGGUUCUGACAAGGUGAUUGACAAGUGUGGAAUAUGUGGAGGGGACAACACUGCUUGCAAAGUUGUGUCUGGAGUUUUCAAACACACGCUAACAAAUCUUGGCUACCACAAGAUAGUGGAAAUUCCUGAAGGAGCUACUAAAAUCAACAUUACUGAGAUGUCAAAGAGCAACAACUACCUGGCCCUGCGCAGCCGCUCGGGACGCUCCAUCAUCAACGGCAACUGGGCCAUUGACAGGCCGGGCAGGUACGAAGGAGGGGGCACAAUGUUCACCUACAGACGCCCCAAUGAGAUCUCCAGCACUGCAGGGGAGUCCUUUCUGGCUGAUGGGCCAACCAAUGAAGUCCUUGAUGUCUAUAUGAUUCAUCAGCAGCCUAACCCUGGUAUACAUUAUGAAUAUAUCAUUCCAGGAGACAAUGUCAUUAGUCCUCAGUUGCUUGCUCACAGGAGGCCAGGGGAGCCACUGAAUGGUCAGUUAGGAAUGCCAGAAGGUACAAGUCAUGAGUCUGAGGAUUUGCAUAGAGAGACAGACAUUCUCACUGGACAGUCAGCUGGAACUUUCCCAGUUAUUCAGCCAGGAAGAUUUCCUUCUCAUCAGCCAGAAAACCAGGUGCCUGCUAUGCAACCACCAAGACAAAACCGAGAAUACAACUGGAAACAGGUUGGGAAAACUGAGUGCACUACUACAUGUGGGAAAGGAUCACAGUACCCAAUUUUCCACUGCGUCAACAGAAUCACUCACGAGGAGGUACCCGAGGGUUACUGUGACAGCAGCACCAAACCCAUUCCAGAAGAGGAGGCCUGCAACCUCUUCCCAUGCCCUGCUUUCUGGGACAUAGGGGAGUGGUCUGAGUGCAGCAAGACGUGCGGGCUGGGGAUGCAGCACCGGCAGAUCCUGUGCCGGCAGAUCUACGCCAACCGCACGCUGACGGUGCAGCAGUACCGCUGCCAGCACCUGGAGAAGCCCGACACCACCAGCACCUGCCAGCUCAAGAUCUGCAGCGAGUGGCAGAUCAGGACUGAGUGGACCUCAUGUUCAGUGCCUUGUGGAGUGGGGCAGAGGACUCGAGAUGUGAAGUGUGUCAGCAACCUUGGGGACGUUGUUGAUGAUGAGGAAUGUAACAUGAAGCUGCGGCCAAAUGACAUCGAGAACUGCGACAUGGGCCCCUGUGCCAAGAGCUGGUUCCUUACAGAAUGGAGUGACAGGUGCUCGGCAGAGUGCGGGGACGGGAUCCGCACACGCUCCGUGCUCUGCAUGACCAACCACGUCAGCAGCCUGCCCCUGGAGGGCUGCGGCAACAACAGACCCGCGGAAACAACGCCCUGCAACAACGGGCCCUGCGCUGGCAGGGUCGAGUGGUUUGCUGGGGGCUGGACACAGUGCUCUACUGAAUGUGGUAGUGGAACUCAGCAGAGAGAAGUAAUUUGUGUUAGGAAAACUGAAGGUAAUUUUGAAGUUUUGAACCCCUAUGAAUGUUCAUAUUUGGAGAAACCUCCCAGCCAGCAGUCCUGCUACCUCAAACCAUGUGGAUCUAAGUGGUUUCAUACAGAAUGGAGCACAUGUUCCAAGUCCUGCGAAGGCGGCUUCCGGCUGCGCGAGGUGCGCUGCCUGUCGGACGACAUGGCCGCCAGUUCCCAGUGUGACCCGCAGCUCAAACCUGAAGAGAAGGAACCCUGUAACACACAGGAUUGUGUCCCUGAAAUAGAUGAGAACUGCAAGGAUAAAUACUACAACUGCAACGUGGUGGUUCAGGCGCGGCUCUGUGUGUACACCUACUACAAGUCAGCGUGCUGUGCCUCCUGUAGCCGCGUGGCAAACAGACAGCCAGGCUUCCUGGGCCGCAGAUAACACCCCCUGCCCUGCACAGCACCUCUGGCACUCUGCACCUGGAGCCUGGGCAGUGCUGCUGCUUGGACUGCAGCACUUGGAGUUUCCUAGAGAUGGGGUUUAUAUUGCUGAGUGCAUCGAGACUUUGGUUAAAUCUCACACCCUUUCAGUUAUUGUGCAGUUAUCUCUUUUAGGAUGUUUGUUGUAAAAUCAUGAUUUUUUUAAAGCGUUCAUUUUUAUUGAUACUAUUAUUUGCACCUGCUCAUCAGAUACUUAUUUAAGGAACAUACUGGCCUUAAGAUUGUGAAAUUAAUGAAAACUAAAAUCAAUUGCAGGCAAUUACUGAAGAUAAUUGACCAGUAUGGAUGCAGCUGCUCCAUUACUGUCUGAGUGCUUACUUGGUUUUUUGGACUGCCUUAAGUUAGAGGACUAAAUCGAUGAAACAUGCAUGAGAAAAAUGACUUCCCAAAGAACCAGACCCUUGAAAAGCAUUUAUCAUCAGUUUCCUAGCACUCUAACAUUUAUUUUUAACUACUUCAGUCCAUUCAUAAUAAAUCACAGUCACUGUUAAGGUCUCUCAGUUGUCCUUUUAAGUGAUGUCCUGUCCUUAGGCAGCAAAUAUAUUCACACUUGACUGCCAGAAGGUGCCUUUAUAUUUAAUUCAUAAACUCAUGAAGACACACUUUUAUAAUUUUGUAUGGAUUUUAAAAUCUGUUCCCUACUGGAGUGACACUAGUGUCUAACUCUUCAAGUCUUUAACAGCUGCAGCUGUCAGUGAGACAGGUUAACCAGAAAGGUGAAGAGCCUUUGCUGGUAUAAAAAGUGAUUGUUCCCAUUGGUGAGGUCUCUUUUCUGUAGGGGACUUAUUUCAGAACUGGGAUCUUGCCUAAUUCUUGUCUCUGCACUAUUGUUUAACAACUGCCAAACCAAAGUACUUUGUUCAGACCUAGACUGAGAUGUUACCAGUUUCUGAAACAGCCACCAAAGGAGAGAGGCCUGUGUGCCUUAAGCAGUCUGUUGCUCCUGGUAUCAGGCAGCAGUAUGGGUCUGGAAGCUGAGUAUCUGUACAGAGGGGAUCUUAGCUACUGGCAUUCUUCAGGUUUUGAUCAGUUAUUACAGCAGACUUGUCUUUUUUUGCUCAGUGUUUCAUUGUGCAGAUCUAUUCAUACCACUUGUUUCCUGUUACUUAAGAAUGGCUGCAGACUUAGAGCUGGUUUUAAGUGGUGAUUUUUCAUUUCUGCAGUUACUGUACUAAGCCUUGAGACUUGCUGAAGGCAAAUCAUGUACUAUGCAGUGCAGAUGAGGUUUUGCAUUAUCUGCUUGUUCUCUAGCCUUUAUUUGAGAGGUCUUUCAAAUGUGUAAAUAAGGCUGAGAGGAAAAAAAUAAACACCUCUGCUUAUUCAGCUGUUUAUUACAGCAUAUUGCGUGUAAAUUAGUGGUGCCCAUCUAUGCAUCUGUUCCUGAAGUGCCUGAUGUCUGAGUUGCAAAGCAGCUGUAAUAAUCUAUGUUCAGUCAAUCCCAGAGGUAUGGUUAAGGUAUCCUGCCACUGAUGCAGAGCCAUGUUUGAGCCUCAUUGUGUGUCCUUUUCUUCUUGCUGCUUUGAUGGAGAGGAACACUGGGAGGCAAAGGUUGCUGCGUGUGAAAGCAGUAACAUCAGUUUAUGUGCUGGAGCCACAGGAAGGUGGAAUUCCUGUAGUCUAAAAGCUGCCUUGCAUUGAGAUUAACUUCUGAAUGUUUUGAUUUGGUCACUCUUGAAAAAUAUUUUUUGGAUAUGAUGAACUACUACUGGCUACAUGAAAUGAAGUAUUUCCCCUAAAAUUUGAAGGUACUCUUUGUGACUGUAAAUUGUUGUAUGUCAGCCGAAAAUGUCAUUGGCUGUUUCUGUACACUUUGACUUGGGCUUUUUCACUGUAAAUAAUAGACAUAAAGUUGUUAGAAACAGAAGCUCUAAUUAGGAAACUUCAAGUUCAUGAAUCUUUCACAGUCCUCCUGUUUCCUUGUAUUACAAAGAUUUAUCCACGAAGAUAACUUACAGAUUUGUUAUCAUAUUAUGUUCCUUAGAUUCUUGACCAAAGAAUGAUAUGGAUAAAGUGCAGUGUAAACAGCUCUGGAAUCCAAUACUUCUGAAUACAGAUUUUCAUCUGUGUAUCUCAUUGCAGCAAGUCUUGACAUACAUUAUAUAAUUUUUUCUGUUAUCCCUUUCAUCCCAAGGAAGUGUUUCCUGUCAGCUUGAGGGAAAUACCUGUUCCAUAAAAAGGCUUCCUGGAAACCUCAAGGCAAAAUGAGAUGCAGAGGGAAUCUGGUUUGCAGUCAUAGAACAAAUUCUUCUUGCACAUGCUUUGGCUGUGAGACCAUCAGUGACUCAGCACAUAGAUAGAUCCCCCUGUUUUAUAAAAUCUGAUAUUUUGCCCUGGAAUAUAUGGCCAUUAGCUUAUUUUACAAAGAUGAUCAUCUUGUAGGCUCUGUUAAGCUGCCACUAAUGUAAGCAGUGUUUGUGAGAGCUAAACACAUCUAAAUUGUGCAGCUUUUGAAUUGAAGGUAGUGAGCUAUGGUUAUGCAAACUGUACUUUAUUUUUAAGUAAAGAGACAUUUUUCAGAUGUACCAGAUUAAAAAGAAGAACAGUUUUACUUAAUUAAAUAUCUAAUGGUAAGUAAAUAUUCAUGGGAAGUAAAGUACCAGAAUGCUGCUGAACCUAAUCAUUUAUCAUCUCUUCUCAUGUGUCAGCAUUAUUAAAAUAGUUGUUCCUGCAAAAUGAACUAAUGAGCCCUUUUCAUCAGCACUUUGAUAUACCAAUAUUGUCUGCACAAGUGCUGUGCUAAGACUUCCCCAUCUCACAAAGCACGAUUUUGAAAUUGUGCCUAUGGCAAGUGUUUGCUCUAACAGAGCAAUGCCCCAACUUAGGAUGAUGCCUGCAGGGGAUUUGACUUUAUUUUCUGUAAGUCAAAGGUGGCCUUAAUGAAUGUAGUAUUAGACAUAGAGCAGAUGUGAAACCAGGUAUAAGUAAGAAAUUAUGUGUAUUAUCAAUUGCAAAUAUCAGUUAUGCACACUUCUGAUUUUUAAUGUUUUCAUUUCUUUUUCUGACAAUUUAACAGUCAAAAAAUGCAGAAUGGUGGGAAAAAAUGCUUCCUUGCCUUGAAGAUUCCUUAUGCAAUCCAGGAAGACCAGAGUAAGUUAGAUACUUUAUUGAAAGAGUCCAGCUGCUUAUGGGGUAAAAUCUGCACACAAAUUCCAUAUCUUACACACAUGCAGCUGGCCAAAAUCACCUUCAUACAGAGCAGGCCCUGUGUCUCAAAGCACUUUCCAUUUGGAAUGGAGGAUUCCUGGUGCAGUUGUUUAUCAAAUUACCAAGGGCUUGUCAGGGUUUGCUAGCUCCUGUGCAGUGUCAUCUUCAAGCAUAUGGAGGUACAAUUCCUUGUGUACACCAAAAGCACACCAAAUGUGAGAGACUGAAUUCAUGGAGUCCUCCCUUCCUCUCCCAGAGGGUGGUGUAAAAGUGUGAGGGUUGCUUCUGUGGGAAUGACCCAGUGGAUGUGACCUGUGGCCAGCAGCGAGACAGUCAAUGUUUGCUUUGGUGUCUGUGACCUUCAGGCCCAGGGCUCUGAGCAG